AUGGGGCUGCUCUUGCAACUGGCAACGAAAGCUGCCCCUCCACCUGGCGCAGGUAGCGAAAGGCACCUGCCUCGGGUUUUCGCGCGCUGCACAGAAACGCCAGCCGCCUGCCUGGCUCUGAAAGCCUCUCGCUUUGUCCGUCCGGGCGAAUGCACAAGGGGCGCGGGAGCGGGGAUCGCGCAGUGCACCAUGACAGCCGACGCCUUCCACUCGCCCAGCCAGGGGACAAGCCCGGAUUCCCCCACUCUGCAUCGGGCCUCCCCAUCGGGCUGCAAAGUAGAGCCGCUCUUAAUCAAGUCAGAGCCCAGAGGGAGCCCGGCGGAGAGACGAGCCGAGCAGCCCGCGGACGAACAGCCGCCUUGUCCCGGCGCCGCGGCCAGUGCAGGCGGCGGCGGCGGCGGCCGUCGGAGGAAGCGGCCGGUGCAGCGGGGCAAGCCCCCGUAUUCCUACAUCGCGCUGAUCGCCAUGGCCAUCGCCAACGCGCCAGAGCGCAGGCUGACGCUGGGCGGCAUCUACAAAUUCAUCACCGAGCGCUUCCCCUUCUACCGCGAGAACCCCAAGAAAUGGCAGAACUCCAUCCGCCACAACUUGACGCUCAACGACUGCUUCGUCAAGAUCCCCCGCGAACCGGGCCACCCGGGCAAGGGCAACUACUGGACCCUGGACCCGGCCGCCGAGGACAUGUUCGACAACGGCAGCUUCUUGCGCCGCAGGAAGCGCUUCAAGCGCACCGACCUCACCACCUACCCAGGCUACAUGCCCAGCGCCAGCGCGUUUACGCCCAACGCGGCCUCGGUAGCGCGGCCCGGCCCUUGCAGUGGCUCCGGAGCCUUAGCUUAUCCGGGCAGCGGCGACCCCGUCUAUUCGCCCGUCCGCGCCUACAGCCCGCAGCUCUCCGCCCUUCCCCAGUACCCGGGGGCGCCUCCUGCGCUGCCGUCGCGAAUGUUCAGCAUCGACAGCCUGAUCAGUUCCAAGCAGCAGCAGCAGCAGCAGCAGCAGCAGCACCAGGCAGCUGCUCUGCAGGCCUCCUCUGCGAUGGGGAUGGACCUGGGGCCUUAUUCCUUGGGCCUGAACGGCGUCGGCGAUCUGGGCAGUUGCCCUGUGGGCAACCCGGCGGAGGCCUAUUUCCAGGCGCAGCAAGUGAGUCCCGGCUUAAUGGGUCGGCAGCCCCCAGCCACGACCUACCCCUAUGCCGCCUCUCCAUCAGGCCACCUAGCGGUGCCGCCCGGCGCCUAUUCCCCUCCCCACUCGCAGCUGUACGGAGCCCCCAGCAGGUUGGCUGUGCAACCCGGGCGCCCUGCCUCUUCCUGCACCGAACACGCGGAACAUCUGGUGGGCCUCGCAGCCUCUCAGCUCAAUGGGCUCGGCCAGUUUGGAGCCGGCGCCGGCAGUUCCUACCUGAGGCAGUCAAAUUUCUCCUCCGGCCUGGAGAAAUAUUUGUAA